UAGCAGGAACAUUAGCUAAAAAUGUUUUAAUGGCUAAUGGAUCUGGCUGUCAAUGUAAAAACGCCUGUGGUGUAACGGUAACAUCUUUCUCUCUAGAGAAACGAUUCAGGUUCGAAUCCUGACAGGUGCGAUUGACUUACAGAUCCUGAAAGCACUAAAAAUGCAAAGUUUUAUCUAGAAGUUUUUGUUAUUAUUUCAUUUGUAGAAUAAAUUGAACAAUGAAAAUGUAACCCUAAUUUUUUGCUGUUGAUUUUUUGUGACAUCAUAUCAAUUACAGAUCGAGAUGAAUUACUGACUGAAUGUGCUGAGUCAUGGAACAGAAGAAAAAUCGAGAAGAUGCCACAACAAUUAGCGCAAAGAUAUGUCAGGGUAAUCUGUAUUUAGAAUUGUCACGUUUCAUUUGAGAAAAACAUUAAUGGAUUUGCUGUCAUUACUUUUAAUUAUAUCAUACAGGAAGGUAUUGCCCAUGUAUUUGUUAUAUUUCAAAACUAAGAAGAAUAGUCUCCGCUCCCGAGCAUGCUAUUUUUACGAUUUUACAAUUUUGCAGUAACCAUACUUUCCAUGUUUCAGACAAGAAAAUCACUGAAAACCCUGCAGGUGGAACUAAAUAAAAUUUGCAGUGAAAACCAGAUUGACUUCAAACAGUGGAAAAAUGAAAUUCAAGAAAUUGCUCGCGCUUAGUCAAUGGCUAACAUUCGUGCGGACGUGACGGAGACAGAAGAAUAUGUUCUGGUUCUCGCUGAACUUCAUGUUAUCGGUCAGGUUCCUGACACUGUCGCCAUUUUCGAUGGGCCUUCGCUCCUGAGAUUGAAUUGGGAGCACAGGAUUUUUCGACAAAAAUUAUGCCGAGCCCGAUCUGUCUAUGAAAAGCGUGCAUUUGCAUUAAGAUGUUUGAGGAAAUUUUGUCUCAGUGAAGAGGACCACCGUCAGAUUCUAAUCCAACUUCGCAUCAAGCUUGGACAUUUCUUCCAACAAGAAAUCGAACGAUCCUAUUUGUCCAUCUUCCAAAUGUCGACUAAUGCCAGACGUCUUUCCGAUUCUUCGAAACACUUCGUAAAAUUGAUAAAGAAGUGCAAAAAAGAAAAAGAAAGUCUCAGACCAACAAUUGAGGCAUACAACUCCAUUGCAGCUGAUUUCCAGAUGCCGAUCGCCAAAGAAGAAGAAGUUGCCCGAGGGGAAAUACCUUGGCAUGUAAACUCACUUCUUUCAGGUGAGACAAUGAAAACGAAAAGAGCUGUGGUGGAGAAGAUGCUUCUCAUUACCAGAUCAAAAGAAGAACUUUCCUUGCUUCUGCGUGAAAUGAAGGACAAUGUUAAGUAUUAUAGGUCCUGCGUAUUGCCCAAACUAGCAUCUAGAAAAGAAGAAAUCCUUGAAAAAAUAAACGAUAUGAUGGCAGGAGGGGGCAUUGCAGCACAUUCACCACCAAGGGAAAUACCACUUAGGGAUCUGUCGAUAAAGAGUAGAUAUCAUGCCAAAUUGGGCAGUGUUUCUGUUGCGAAAGGAGCCCUUGCUGUCAAUCGAGAAGGGAAUGCACUUCGCACAUGUGCAAAUUGACCUUGCUGCCAAGACCUACAGGAAGCUUGUCGAUAAUGAGCCUGAAGACCAAUCUUCCCGGGAUGAUUUGGAAAGCGACUUGUACGAAGCUUUUGAGGAAUCCGACAACGAAGAUGAGACCGAAGGCCUAUCUUUCGAAGUAACUGAAGUUUUUCACGCAAGCCGAAAACACUGCUGGUCGGAUGAUGUGUACUUUGUUGAAAAAACAGAAGAUGAAAACUCUGAAAUCUUACUGCUGUCAAGUGAAAGCUUCAAUUCCUGUUUUCAAGAUAAUGGAUGUGCCAAUUCUUGUAUAUUUCGCUGCAUCAUCUUGGGAUUUUACUUCGCCUGUUCAGACUACAAAAUCCGUCACCUGCAUUGCAGAUUGGAGGUACUUCUGAGCCAGAUUUUUGAGGCCGUUCUUGAGGGAGACUGAUUGAACAUUUUUUUUUCCGACUUUGUUCCGCACUCAGCAACAGAGGCAGUUUCGUUAUUUAGCGUUUCAAACUUGAGCCCCUCCAUUGAAUUGAAGGUAGACGUGUACCUUGAGCAUCCUGAAGACGACUGUCUUCUUGAAUUUCACCUUGAUCGUCUGCUCUUCCUGAAAAAGAGAAGUGUUGUGAUUUUGACAAAUAAAGGCGAGUUGUCCUUGUUUCUUCUGGAUGGAAGGACUAUUUUAUUUGUGGACACCCACGCCAAUGAAGUUGAUUCCAUAAGAUCUGGUCCGAUAUUGAUCCGCUUGAAAGACUCCCUACAUGCUUUUGUUGACCGGGUAGCUAAAGUUCGUGGUAUCGGCACCAAUGUGAAAUGUUCAUUGGUUGUCAUACGGUAUUAAUAUGCAAACUGUACAAUUUAUCGCAGAUGUGUUUCCUUGUUAUCUCUAGGUAGCAACGUCUAGCAUACUCAAACUUAUCUCGAUUGUCAAUUUCCAAAUUGUUAUAUUUAUGUUUACUGUGGCCUAAUAGGCAGAUUGUAGAUGAUUCAAACUCUGGCGUGCUUCGAACGUAACUUUUUAUAACUCUUCAAACAUAACAAUAUAUAUAGGGUCUGGGCCCUAGCGUCCUUUCGCUGAACAAAACAUUACAUUUACUCUUUUCUUAAUAAAAAAAUUAAAACAAAAUCCUUCAACGUAUUAAUCGAGAGUUUAUUGGAUCUCCAUAAAACUGUGUCUGUAUACGACUGCGUGCAGAUCGACGAACAGGAAUUUCUUCUGUGGCUCUUUUGUGAUAUUCGACAUUAUCAUCAUCAUCAGCAGCAGCAGCAAUGUUACCGUCAAGUCUUUGUUGGACCUUUUUGAAGAAUGAAGAGUUACGGGAAAUGAAAUGAUCUCCGUGUCUAGCAACAACCUUUGAUCCAUGAACACGAACGACUUUGUAAGGUUGCACGUUAAAUCUAGAUGAGAACUUGUUCGUUUUCUUUUGCACACAGAUAACCAGGUCACCUACUUUUAUAUCGCAUUCUUUCGUGUUUCUGCGUUUAUUAGCAUAGUUCAUCGCAUUUCCCUUUCUUAGCUGAUCAUUCUCUCUUGCUUCACGAUGUCUGUUUAUGUUCUUGAGCUUUCUUGGUAGCAUGGGCAGCUUUCCUAUAACAGGUCGAUUGUAUAAUAACUGUGCUGGCGGAACUUUUGUUGUGGUAUGUGGUGUGAUUCUGUAAUUCAAAAGGAAUUUGUGAAGCUCUUGUUGCCAUUGUGGUUUUUCAAGAAUGGCAGUGCAAAUCGACCUUCCAAGGGGUUUCAUGAAAGAUUCCACUUCAGAGUUUCCUUGUGGCCAUAAAGGCGUAGAUGUUGUGUGACGUAUACCUAAUGCUUUCAUGUACCGGUGAAAUUCAUUUCCGAAAAAUGGUGGGCCGUUAUCAGACUUCAAUUUAUCAGGCAUACCAUGACUUGCAAAAAUAGCAUCCAGAUUUGGAAUGA